UGAUGGUGUCAGGGAGCUUGAGGGCGAUUGGUGAUGACGUACACAAACGAGCAGCGCAGUGAGUGAGAAACAUGGCUGCGUCCAUAUCGGAGCAACUCGCCGAGUUGUUGAACCCGCUGCCGAAUUUCGCAGACCCCGAAGACGACCAGGAUGACGAGACCAAAGCCAGAGUCAUUGACAAGUUUGAUGAAGGAGGUGAUGAUGAAGAUCUUCCAGCCAGCGGACUGCGGAAGCGAACAGCUGCUUUGCUGACAGAUUCGGAUAAACGCUAUCGUGGCAAAGUGACGUCACGCAAGGAGCUGCAGCAGGAGUUCGACGGCUCGGCUGACGAUGAGGAAGAUGAUGAACAAGAUGAUGAUGAUGAAGACAGCGAAAGUGGACUGCUGGAUCAGGUUAUGGAAGAGGAGGAGGAGGAGGAGGAUGAAGAAGACCUCAGUGAAGAUAGCGGUUCACAGUUGUCCAGCUUGGUGUCGAAGAUGAAGGGCACCGACCUGAGCUUCCCUAAAGAGACAGACUUCCGCAAACUCACAGAGGGCAUGGACGACCUGGGAGAGAGCGAGGAGGAAGAGGAGACUGAUGAUGAAGGAGAAAGCGAGGAGGAUGAGGAGGACGAGGAGGAGGAUAGUGAGGAUAAUGACGAGGAAAACGAAGGAGGUGUGAUGACCUUCUCGAAAGAGAAGGUGGACGAAGAGGUGGAGAAAGGCAGAGCGGUGAAGAAUCAGCUCGCUCUUUGGGACCUGAUGCUCGAAGGGCGAAUUAAAAUGCAGAAAGCCCUGGUGACGGCCAAUCAGCUUCCUCAGCCCGACACCUUCCCAGAGUUCAAGAGCAAAGGCGGGGCAGAAUACGCCGGAGCGCUGAAGAACAGCCAUAAAGCUCUGAAAGCUCUACAGAGAUCUUUAUUAGAGCUGCAGGACCUGCUGCUGUAUCAGAACCCCGAGACCAGAGCUGUCUCGCAGGGGAAGACCUGGGCACAAGACACCAGCAGCAAGUCAGACGAAGAUGAAGAGGUGGAUAGUGACGAGGGGGAAAAUGAGGAGGAAGGUGAGGAGGAAGAAAAGCGGCCCGCAAGUCGAAGCGGUCCUACUAAGCGGAAACUGGAGACGACGCAGUAUCCAGACUUCAUGGCAAAGCGCUUCGCAGCCUUCCAGCCGUACCGCGACGCCACACUGCAGAAAUGGUACGACAAGACACGGCUCACCAGCGGCAAGAACAACAAGGGCUUCGGGGCGUUUGAGCGGAACAUCCUGACGCAGGUGGAGCAGGUGCUGAUGGAUAAGGAGCGCUUGCUGAAGCGCACACAGACACACAGGUCUGACUACAGAGUGCUGGGCAAACCGGAGCUCAGCCCCGUCACCGCACAGUCCAACAGCACCGAGCCUGAGGCAGUGGAACCAACACUCAAAGCAAACGCACAUCUCAAAGAUCUGGACCAGGAGAUCUUCGAUGAUGACGACUUUUAUCACCAGCUUCUUCGAGAGCUGAUCGAGCGCAAAACAAGUGCAGCAGAUCCUAAUGACCAGGUGGCCAUGGGCAGGCAGUGGCUGGCCAUCCAGAAGCUUCGUAGUAAGAUCAAGAAGAAAGUGGACACAAAGGCCAGUAAAGGCCGCAAAGUCAGAUUCCAUGUUCACAGUAAGCUGGUGAAUUUUAUGGCUCCUAUUGACCACAGUUCCAUGAGUGAUGAAGCUCGGUCCGAGCUUUACCGAUCUCUGUUUGGAUCCCAGACGCUUCAGUGACACUGCUGAUGGAGGAACACACUCUCUGUCUCUCUCUCUCUGUGAUUAUGAAUGCACAGAAGACAUGACGGUGAUCUGGACGGAUACGAAUUUUGGGACUUAAAAACAAUUUUUUUUUUUUUUUAAAGCUCUUUUUAUUCUUUGGAAAUAAUUACAGAAAUCAUUACAGGUGUUGUUUGUGAGCUGCCGAGUCUGUGUUUGUAAUAUAAAGUGACUUUAUUCAACACAACGUGAGAGAGAAUAUUUGUGUACAGCUGAAAAUCUACUCCAACUCUUCCAUUUUCGUUUCGACCAAAGAUGGGUCCGAGCACAAAGUUCCAGAAAAUGCCCAUAAUCACUGACAAGUCACUGUUUUUUCACUUGAUGCUGAUUCUUUUCCCCAUAACAGCGCAUCCUGAGUGUGCAUUUCACACAUCUUUCUUUUUUCCUCUCUUCUUCCAUUUAUAUUCCGUCUCUACCCUUCUCUAAUUUUUUUUUAAUCACAUUUCUGAUUUUAUUUUCUUUCUAUAUUUGAUUAUUUCUUUGAUUUAUUGUCUCUCUCUUCCCUCAUGUUUCUUGCUGACAUCACUUCCUUUCUAUCCUUCCAUGCAGGAUAUAAUCUCCCUUUCUUUCUCUCAUCUGUGCAGCCUUUUAUCUCUAUUUGUUUCUCUCUCUCGAUUUCACUCAUUACAUUAAUGGAGGAAAAAAAAAAAAAUCCUAAUCACCAAAAACAGGCAACUACCCCCGAGGAGAAACCUCUAUCCGUUCGUUCUUAAUUUUUCUUUUUUCCCCUCCAUUCAUUCUUUCCAUAGAAGAAGGUUUUCAUUACUUUUUUUUUUUAAUUCCUUCAAUCAGUCCACAAAACGCACUCGGUUCUUAAUAACCACCAGACUCUGAAGUGGAUGAAGUAGAUUUUUAUUGGGUUAAAUUCAGUGGCAGAACAUCCGCCACUUUAAACACGCACUCAUCCAUUGGGGCCGGUCAUCGAGCCGCGAUCAUGAAUCACGCUUAGUGUAGAGAUUCAGACGCAUGUAUACGCGUUUACAACAGAUUCACGUUUAAUCCAGGUCUGUACAAAAAGAACAAUAGUAGUGACCUUUCACAGAGUCAGCACCGUCGGCAGGAAACGGACCCCAAACUUGUGAGCUUCUUCCACCCUGAAUCCCUCCAUCCACAUGCUUUUAUUAUCAAGUUUCAUUCUUUUAUUUAUUCAGCAUAACAUAUAAUAAUACUUCAACCGUUUUUUUUCUCGUGAGUUUGGUCCUAAACGUAUAGUCUGAGUGUCAAGCACACGACACUGAUGUUUUUUAGCACAACAACAAAAAACACAACUUUUCCCCCACACUACAGUUUCAGUUAAUAAAUUAACGCAUGUUUAAAAAAGACGAGCGUAUUGUGCGUGUAACACUAAGCGUCUGGGUCGAGGGAAGGGGUUAAGGUGCACUCGGAGCUAAGCGGGGUUAUGAUUGUACUGGCUUUCAAGAGUGCGUGUAGUGUUUAUUCUUUUUUUUUUUUUUUUUUUCGUUUUUCUUUCUGGC